CAGUAUGAUUAACUCUAAUUAUUGUUCUCUUUUGCAGCAUGCUGCAGAUGAAAGAAUAAAACUAGAAGAACUUCGUCACAUGGUCUUAUCUGGUGAAGGGAAGUCAGUCACCUAUUUGGCUACAGAGAAAGAGAUGAUCCUGCCAGAGAUGGGAUAUCAGUUACUGCACAAUUAUUCUGAGCAAAUAAGACAGUGGGGCUGGAUCUGCAAUUUUCACACCCAAGAAUCAAGAUCCUUCAAGAAGAAUUUAGACCUUAUUCAUCCUAAGCCGGCUGUUGUCAAACUUCUUGCAGUACCUUGCAUUUUAGGUGUUAAUUUAUCUGAUGUUGAUCUCUUGGAAUUUCUUCACCAGCUUGCUGAUACGGAUGGAUCAUCAACAAUGCCUCCAUCAGUUAGUCGCAUUCUUAAUUGCAAAGCAUGCCGAGGUGCUAUUAUGUUCGGAGACUCUUUACUUCCUUCAGAAUGUUCCUUAAUAGUUGAAGAGCUAAAGCAGACCUCAUUGUGCUUCCAAUGUGCUCAUGGGCGGCCAACCACAGCCCCGCUAGUGAAUUUGGAGGCAUUGCAUAAUCAAAUAGCUAAGAUGCAAGUGAGUGUGACAAACCGAGGGAGUUAUGGCAUGGGCUAUAUCGACAAAGAGUCGGCCUUGAGCGAGCCAGCUUGCGGUUAAGAGCAGCCAAUGGAAUAACAAACUCACGUGCUAAGCUGAGUUGUUUAGGCAAUUGGGUUGUUGGAUUGAUUUUGGUAACCUGAUUUCUAAAGCCUGCGAGAAGUUGGCGUCAAUGAGAAGUCAAAUUUGGCUUUCAGGGCACGGAAGCAUUAUCCAAGAUGGGCAAUUGACAUUCUUUUACGAUCAUUCUCUCGUUCGGUCUUUUUUUAAAAUA